AUGUACUUGAGUGCUGAAGACACGUCCUCUCCGGAUGAUGUAAACAACCUUGUCAGCGAGUUCAACACAAAACUGGCGGCUAUAGUUGAUAAACAUGCUCCUGUCAGGACCAGAGUUCGUAGACCAAGAACAACAUCUCCAUGGCACACGGCAGAGAUCAGAGAAGCCAAAAGUACUCGGAGAGCUGCAGAACGGCAGUGGAGGAAGUCGCAGCUGGAGAUUCACAGACAGAUCUUCAAUGCUUGCAGGCACUCUGUGAACAAUCUCAUUCGUACAGCCAAAGCUGAAUAUAUCAAUGCUGAACUCACAGGCAGUUCUAAUAAUCCACAGAAGAUGUUCUCUAUCCUACACGGUUUACUCGGAAAACAGUCAACUGCAGCACUUCCUCAUGGUGCAGAUGCUCACCUAGCAUUAGAAUUUUACAGCUACUUUCUGGACAAGAUCAGCAACAUCUGCCAACAGUUUGAUUCUGAUAUGGACAACGAACCAUCUCCUCAAUACACGGGCACCAAGUUUAGUUCAUUCCGGGUUGUAACAGAAAAUGAAGUCCGUAAAACCAUCCUCGAGGCCAUACCAACAUCGUGCAGCCUAGAUCCUCUACCCACCAAGUUCAUGUUGAAGAUCCUGGACGUUGUCCUACCCACCAUCACAGAUAUAAUCAAUGUCAAUGACUCGCAAGUACAGAACAGCUUUAAGCCAACACCCAUCAGUGAAUCUGAAGCAAAACAUGCAAUGCAACAGUGCAUUGCUGAUGUCAGUACAUGGAUGGAAAAGAACAAGCUGAAACUCAAUUCAGACAAAACGGAGGUGAUUUUGUUUGGACCUCCAUCCAGGUUACGGAAAUGUACUUUGGAUCAUCUGUCUAUCGGGUCAGCUGACAUCACCUUCAAGUCAUCUGUCAAGAACCUUGGUGUGUACCUUGACUCCUCGCUGUCCGUGGAAGAUCACGUGAGCCACUGCUGCAAGCUGAUGAUGACUCGGAAGGACGUGGACCAAGGGUACGCCUGGGUAGCUCUGGCAGCAGCUGUCUCUAUUCAGCUUCUAGCAGGACUUGUUGCCUUUUCAUCAGGAGUCAUCAACAUCGCCAUCAUGCAAGAGGUGGAGAAUGACAUCACGAAAACAUCAUGGAUAGGUUCAACUCUAAUUGGAUCUUACACAUUACUCGGACCAUUAGCUGGUAUGGUUCAACACCGAAUUGGGUCUAAACUGACGGCGUUCGCCGGAGGAACGCUUGCACUCCUGGGGAUGACCAUUGCAUCGUUUUGUCAAACAAUCGUAGGGCUGAUCUUCACGUAUGGAAUGAUGGCGGGGUUUGGAUUGUGUCUCGGUGCCAAUGUCGUCGGCGUCAUCCCUGGACAAUACUUUGAGAAGAAGAGACCCGCUGCCUAUGGAUUGUGCAUGGUAGGAGGAGGUAUGGGUCUGUUUGUGGCUGGCCCCCUUGCACGGCAUCUACUGGACGAGUACAAACUGCAUGGGACACUACUCAUAAUUGGUGCUAUUGCAUUUCACAUGUGCGUUGCAGCAUCCCUCAUACGUAAACCACCACUGUCCAUCAGAACUAUUGAAAUUGAGCAAGAAAAUCAAGACGAAUCGGUCAAGAAGAUUGAUGCAUUGGUGGAAGAUGCUUUCUGUCCGAGAAGUCUGCACUCAGGCAUUGAAAACGGAACAACUGUGGCGUCGUCACAACGCUUGGAAAAUUCUGAUGAUCAGCUAACAAAAACUCCCUUUCUUCAUAAAACAAUCUGUUCCAGCAUUUCAAUUGAAAAGGAAAUCUCAAAACAGUGUUGCCACAAAUCAACAUGUAGUGUUCUAAAAAGUCUUUCUAACAAAUCGUUCCUUCUGUAUAACACAACCAUCAUUUUCUGGUCAUUAGGUGACGCUGCGUGCAUAUUCCACUUACCAAAUUAUGCAGAGGUGAUGGGAAGUUCUCCAACAGCAGCUUCAAAUCUGUUAAGUGCACUGGGUGCCGGCGGGGUCUUUGCGAGGUUUAUUAUAGGACUUUGGGCCUCCGAUUCCAGCAUGGAAUUUUCAGUGCUCCAAGUGGGUUUCCUUGGCAUUACUGGGGUGAUUACAGUUCUGUUUCCUCUGAUGUCGGAUACCUACCGCUGGCAACUUGGUUUUAGUUUCUUCUACGGGGUUUACAGUCAUGGCACGAAUUCCUUAAUGGGUCCCUUCGCAAUAGAGCUGGCGGGUUUGGCGACCGUUGCUGUUGGAUUUGGAGUGGUAUACUUCUCAUGUGGAGUUGGAUACCUUCUUGGACCUGUCAUCGCGAGUUUCAUUUACGAAAGCUCGGGGUUGUACGAUUAUACGUUCAUUUUUGCAGGUAUAUGUUUCCUGUUGAGUUCUAUAUCAACAGCAGCAGUAACGGUGUGUAGGAAGAGAAGAGAAUUCUGAAAGAACCUUCAAAGUGUCUACUUAAACAACAUACUCUGUGACUGAAGAUCAAGAAAAGUGUGAAACAAUGCUCAGUUGUAUAGGGGUAACGCUGCUUUUCAGGGCAUUAUCAUUAGUAGAAGCCCUAGGUCGUCAAUAACUGCCCGACGAAAGAGGGCAGUUGAAAAACCGUGGGCUUCUGGAAAUUAUGUUGCUCCGAAAACAGUGUACCCCUAUUACAGCGAAAAUGGAUGGAAUUUGUGUUAAAAAAAGACAGUGAUUAUCUGUAUUUUUUCUACUUGGCUUGUCUCUUGCAAUAAUUUACCAUGGAACGCUGCAAUUAGGUUUAGGUUAGGCUUUAUAUGCAUCAAUGAGUAGAUUUAAUGACAUAUUAUAUACUGAACAUGUUCUGUUUGUAUUGCACAGAGCAAUAUUCCAGCUUUAUGACGACGGUA